AUUCAAUCGGCUGCACGUUCCCGCCAGUUUGGUACGUGGGUUUAUCACACACACAUUCAACCUUCGUAUUCGUGUUUGAAGUAGUAUUUAAAUUACUUUUGCAUGGGUCGACCUUCAAAAUUGCACUAGCAUAAAUUUUGAUCCACUUACGGGUGAAGUACGUUCAAGUAGAAGAACGUUCAUUAGAUAGAUGGAAAGCAUAUCAAGAGAAACAUAAGCGACAUGGAGCUACAGUUGUUAAGAAGCAUAUGUCAUAUCUUCAGUAUCUAGAAGCUUUAUUCCAAGGAUAAACUGCACAUGGUGUACGAGGUAGCUCACCUGCUAGCGCUAGGACAACACCCAUUCUCAAUAGUAAUGUCACGGUCCAAAAGACUCAGAACAUAAACACUGAAGAAUCUAUUGAUACCGGUAGUGAUAGUUCGGAUGAAAAUGAAAGUCAUGAUACAGUUUAUGGUGAAAAAAGUGAUUCACCUAUUAUGGUAGAUCAAUCAUCCGCAUCAACUAAGAAGCGAAAGGGAAAAAACAACGUCGAUGAAAGCUUAGCACGAAAGCGAGGGGAAAUAGAUAGAUGUUUAGAAAUCGUGAAGCUUGCUUCAGUAAAACAGCAAUCUGUGAUCGAAAAGGUGGCUAAACUUCUUGAUGAGAUGGAGGUUGACAAGAAAUACGGUGAUCAAUAUUAUGCGGAUGCUAUGACCUUCUUAAGUGAAGGUAAUAAGGGUGAGGUCUUUGUGACACUUCGAUCUGAAAAUCAGAGGUGGAUGUUUCUACAGAAAGGAGUUCCUUACGGCAAUCAAGAUUGUGAUAUGGCGUUUUGAACUUAAGAUUAUUUAUUUUCAACAUGCUAAAAUUUUGUCUAUUCGUUUUGAACUUUUUAUAUGUUUGUUUGAACUAAAAUUAUGUGGAUUGUUAUCUUUUACAAACAUCUCGUGUUAUCGUUGUUAUAACAUGUGUUUACCAUUUAUUUUAAUGUGCAUUGGAAUUCAUUAUUUUACUUGUGUAGAAUGAAUGUUGAAGUUAGACGGUCAUGUAUAAUUAUUCCAUUAGAAGAGCUGAGAUCAUUACUAGAAGAUGAUGAACAAAAGAAGACUAGGAUACCAAUGAGAGUAGGUGGAGAAACGGGAGGUGAAUAUAUACAUAGAAUGUUGAAUGGUCAUCCUGGAUUGUGUAAAGAGCAAUUAAGGUUGACGAGAGAAAUGUUCAUCCACCUUGUGAAUAUUAUGGUUGAAAGAAAUUUAUUGAAAGACAGCAGAUUCAUUCAUGUGGCAGAGCAAAUCGGAAUUGGUCUCUAUAUAUUGGCCAAGGGAGCUUCUUACACAGAUGCAGCUGAUGUUUUUAAGCAUUCUUUGAGAACCAUAUGCAAAUAUUUCAAUCUAGUAUUGCAUUGGUUGAGUUAUCUUUUGACAUAAUUCGGCCACAUCACAGUUGGUUGGACGUCCACACCAUAGUUUUCAACAGUUCCUUAUAUUGGCCGUAUUUCAAUGUAUAUAUAUGAAUUAUUCAACGUUUUUAAAAGUCAAUGAAAACUAAUU